CACCGCGCCGACGAAAGUAUGAUAUUACCCCGGAAGUUUUUCAUCGCUCGCGACUAAUCACUCGCGACCACCCUCUUCUUCUUCGCGGGGCGUACACGGACACGGAAGCGUCGUCCCUGACGAAGCGCCAGGUAUCGUCCACGUAGGUCACGAUCUGCGUCUUCGGCGGCUGGAACCCCGCGCCGGGCUGGGUCGCGCUCGCGACCACCGAGGCGGCGGCGGCCGAGGAGCCUCCGCCUCCUCCGACUCCCAACGCCGCCGCCGCCGCCGCCGCCAGCUGUAUCGCCCCGCCGAGCACCCCCCCCCCGACCCCGCCCCCGCCGCCGACUUCGCCGACUUCGCCGCCUCGCACGACGUCCACGACGCUGUCUAUGAGCUUCGUGCGCAGUCGGCUCCGCGACAUCACCGCGGAAUCGAACGUCUGCGUUAUUCGCACCGCCGUCGCCGCCGCCGCCGUCCCGCCGCCGCCGCCGCCGCCCGGGAUCGUCACCGUCACGACGUUUCGUAUCCCAAUCGGCGCGACGCUCCCCCCCCCUUCUUCUUCCCGCGCCGGCGCCGCGCGCUCGACGAUCUGCGUCACGUCCGUGACCGCGCCCGCGAUUGUCUGCCACGUGGCGAUGGAUCCGAGCGUCCCCGCGCUCGUCGUCCAUCGCAGCUUCCACCGCCCGCACAGGCGCGGCGACGACGUCGGCGACGACGUCGCGGUCGCUGCGGCGGCGAAGGCGUCCUCCAUAUCGCGCACGCAUCGAGAGAUCUCCGCGCUGCGCGACGCGUCCGCGAGGUCGCGGCGCGACGGGAGGAGCGCGGACAGACGCUCCGACGCGGAGGAGGAGGAGGACGACGACGACGCGGCGACAGCGCGCUCGCGGCGAUGGCAGCGGUGGAGAGGACGACGACGACGACGCGGCGGCGUCGUCGACGUCGCCGCCGCGGACGAGAGCGCCGCCGCGGACGACGACGACAUCGUCGGCGCGCGCUCGACUCUGAACGUCGCGUCGUCGCGCGAGCUCGUCAUCCUGUCGUCGUCAGCGUCGAAUAGAAGACGAGGUUUCGCGCGUUGACAUCGGCUCCGCCAUUCCGCGACGCGAGUCAUGACGGAGAAGCGGAAACGCGACGACGCGGACGCCGCGUCCGACGCGGAGGCCGCGCGCAACGUCGCGCUGCACUACAGCGGGCGAGACAACCAGUCCACCGCGCAGAGGAAGCAGAGCCCGAUCUACCACCUCCGAUGCCUCAACAACUGGAUCAAGAGCACCAUCAUCAGCGCGUACGUCCGAAAGGGCGACCGCGUCCUCGACUUCGCGUGCGGAAAGGGCGGUGACCUCCCGAAAUUCCGCAAAGCCUCCAUCGGAUCGUACGCCGGCAUCGACAUCGCGCUCGAGUCCGUUCGCAGAGACGCGGUGACGCGAUACAACGCCGCGGGGUAUCCGUUCCCCGCGAGCUUCAUCGCCGGCGACGGGUUCGCGAUCGACCUCACCGAGCAUCUCCCGCCGGCGUCGUUCGACGUCAUCAGCUGCCAGGCGCGUUCUAUACACUGGUCCCCAUACGACCGCUUCGCCAUUCACUACUCGUGGAGCACGGAGAAGCGCGCGAGGACGGCGCUGAAUAACGUCGCGCGGCUGCUGCGGCCGGGCGGGCACUUCGUCGGGACCACCGUGGACGCGAACGUCCUCGUUCGGAAGCUCCGCGAGGCGGACGGGCUGAGCUUCGGCAACUCCAUCGUGAGGGUGACGUUCGACGAAAACAAAACGUUUCCGUCGGAGCGCGGGCCGUUCGGUCUGGAGUACGCGUUCACGCUCGCGGACGCGGUGACGGACUGCGCGGAGUGCAUGGUCCCGCGGAAACGUUUCGUGGAGAUCGCGGACGAGUGCGGGCUGGAGUGCGUCGAGUGGUCGAACUUUCACGAGUACGUGCGAGGGAAGCUGCGCGACGACUGGUCGACGGCGACGGCGACGGCGACGGACGCGUCGACGGAGGGAAAGAAGACGCGUCCGGGAGAGAUCGCCGGCGGCGCCGCGACCGCGCACGAGCUGUGGCGGCAGACGAUGGGAGGAAGGAGCGUGCACGAGGUGACGCUGAGCGAGGACGAGUGGGAGGCGGCGUAUCUCUACGCGACGUUCGCGUUUAAGCGGAAGGGCACGUCCGCGGCGGCGGCGGCUGCGGUGUUACGGCGGCCCAAGCCCAAGCACGUGUGGACGCGGGUGGAGCCGGAGGACGUCUUAGUGUUAGAGGGCGCGGCGUGAGAGUAGCGGUGACGUGGAGAUGACGGGUCGAUGACGUGGCAAAACGUGUGGAUGGCGCGAAGCCGCCGACGCGGGCGGAGUCGGGGGAAGGAGUCUCUCGGCUAGACAGUCGUCGUGCGCGGCGCGUCCGUCGUGUGUACGUGUAGUGCGGCGGGUCGUAGCUCCAUUUUAUUUAUUGAAUAGCCUCCGCGCGCGCACUUGGCGUCGCGCGGGGGCGCGCAGUUGCUUCCUCCGCUCGUAUCGACCUCCUCCGUCAGCCGUUCUCUUCACACGCACGUCAUCACGUUGUUCGCUCCGCGGGCGGGUCGAUCAUCAAUACGGCCCGCGUCUGUCGCGGUCGUCGUAGUCCCUGCCGCGAUCGGGACCGCGGCGGUCGUCGUAGCCCCUGGGUGAUUAAAUCAAAUCGGAGCGGAUCGCGUCAGCGACGGGAAGCGCGCGGACUCGGCGUCUCGCCGCGUCGACGACGAGGUCGGUCUAGCGAGUCAGCUAGGGAUUCCGAAAAAGUGCGCUCACCCCCUAUCGUACGAUCGAUCGUAGCGAUCGUAUGAGUCGUACCGAUCGCCGCCGCGCCUGUCGUCGUAUCUGUCGCGGUCGCGGUCGUCGUAUCGGUCGCGGUCGUAGCCGCCGCCGUAACCCCCGCCGCCGCCGCCGCCGCCGCCGCCGCCGCCGUGCGAAAAGCGGCACGAGUCGCCGCGGGUGCAUCGGCCCUUCUGGAAGUCGAAGCAUUCGUUGGA